ACACUGCGUCCAUGUUAUGCUCCAGCCUGAGGAGGGAGCCCGGUAUGUCCUCACUAGGAUUAUACACUGAAUAUUAUCCAGUACCGUGUUAUGGUUCCAGCAGGUUUUACAUUUCGGGCAGACCGCUGCACUCUUGCUUUAACACCGUACAUAACGUUAUUUAGGAGACCGUGUCCUCCUGCUGAUCGCAGACCUAAGGAGCAGCCCCGGGAUUUCUCCGCUGUGCUGGUGCAGAACAGAGAAUGCCGUCUCUGUCGGAGCAGCUGCAGGAGGUGCGGAGUCGGGCUGAAGUGUGCUUGUACUCUGGUGGCAGGGUGGUGGAGGUGCGGGCUGCAGUGAUGGCCAUGGCUAAUCUGCCCUUACCACCCUGCUCCAAAUACCACCACAUUGCUGCAGAAACCAUGGUCAUAGAAAACAGCUUUGGAAGCAACAGAAAGGAGACCCUUGUAUCUCUGCAGCGCUUGUCUACAGCACUGAACAUCCUGGAAAAAUAUGGCUGCAACUUGACAAAUCUCAACAGGCCAAAGUACUGGAGGACAGUAAAACACAACAACCCGGUGUUUAGGGCAACAGUUGAUGCUAUUCAGGGUGGACGAGCAGUGCUCUGUCUCUAUGGUUACUCCAAUCAGCAGUCAGAUGGACUCAGCUUCCCUGAUGAUGUCACAGAUCCUGAUGUGGGCCGUGUUGCUGCAGUAACACUAGAAGUGAUGAGCCUGAGGAUGGAACUGGAAAUGCUUAUUAAGGAGGCUCAUCCCCAUCCUGAGUUCUACGAGAGAAUCAUUCCUACACUGAGACACAAGGAUGUGGGUCUCAACACUGAUGCAGUUGUGUACCAGUCGUCCUUAAAUUCAUGCUACUUGGAUGGUCAGACAAAAUCUUUAGCUUUCCCCCACCGUCACCACUCUUCUAAGGAGAGCAGUCAUGGCCACUCCUUGUCUUCCAACCAUCAAAGUCUCAGUUCCAUCCAGGUUUUUUCCAACUCCUCAAACAAACACCCAGAGAACUGCACUAUCUGUGGAAUAUUCCGUAUCUCUGCCCGCUGCCUCACCUGCCUCCAGGAGCUCUGCUCAGAGUGUGACAGACUGUACCACUCCUACCCUGAGAGGGCCAACCACCGUCGAACAUCAUCAUCUGAAAACAGGAGCAGUCACAGUUCUUCCACCUGGCAUUGCCUUCACUGUGCCAAAGUCAACUCUAUCCAGGAAAUGCGGUGUGAGGAGUGUGAGCGCCCUCACUUGGAAUCCAUCAGCUCUAAAGCAGAUGAAUCUAAGCCUGCCACUAUCACUGAAUGGCAGUGUAAGAGCUGUACCAUGGUGAAUACAGCCAGUAGCAUUCUGUGUGAGGUGUGCGAAAGACCUCGUUUGGCUACACGACCUCCAAUAACCCCAUCACACCCACCCAUCACUCCCCCAAGACCACCAGCGCCAGUCCUGGGCAUGCCCGGAGAUCCGGACAGCCAGUGGGUCUGUCAGUUCUGUACCUAUCUAAACUACUCUCCCACUACAGUGUGUGAGAUGUGUGACCUGGCUCGCCCAGAGCCUGCACCUUUGUCUGUGAAGCUUCGCCCUCCAUCUCCCGUCAGACGGGUCCCCGCCCUGCCAAUCAAACCCAAAGAACCCCCUCUUGAAGACCUGGACUCCUGGAGGCAGAAACUCAUGAAGGAAGAGGGGCUGAAGCUGAUUCAACAGAUAAGAGAUGGGGAGAAGAAAGGACUGAGUCCAGAAGAGGUGUACACAAGCAUGAGGGUAGCUGGGGAUAGGAACAUCGUGCCCUGCAAGUGGUUAAAGACUGAGAUUCCUUUGUUGUUAGACCAGAUCCGGAUGUUGGUGGCAACAUUCUCCCUUCAGUAUUUUUCUGACAAGACCACAACAAACAGGGCUUGUGAGACUCCUCCUGUGGAAGCUGAGAAAAAAGUGGAAUCUGCAGAAACGGAAAGUGUGGUCCAGUUGUCCAGAGCAGAGGCCAAGCAGGCCUGGCUGACAGCAGGGGGCGACACUGAGAGAGCUGCCAGACAAGCUCUGAGAGACAGACUUGCCAAGGUAAAGGAGUUGUGUGCAUUGGGCUUCAGUGAUGAGGUGCGCUGUCAUGAGGUUUUGAGACAGAGUGGUGGUGAGGUGAGAGGGGCCCUGGCCGUACUGCAGCGACCCCUUCUAGAGCCCUUCCACAAGCGUAUUUGGAGUGACAAACCCGAGCCUCCUGUGGACAUCCAUCACCCUGACAAACAGCGGAUAUGUCGGAGAUUACUGGCGGUGUACGAUCUUCCUAGCUGGGGCCGUUGUGAGCUAGCGUUGUCACUGCUUCUCGACCACAAUGCUCCCUACUCGCUGGAAGACGUAGUGCAGGCUGUACAAGAGUCCCAUGACAGGGAGUUUAUCAAGCGAGUGCUAGCUAAAGAGUGUCCCAUCUGCCUCUCUGUCUUCCCCCACAGUAAGAUGCAGUCUCUGACAUCAUGCCAGUGUUCAGUGUGCUGUGGUUGUUUCCAGCAGCACUUCACCAUAGCUGUAAGGGACAAACACAUCAGAGACAUGGUGUGUCCAGUCUGUUGGGAGCCCGACAUCAAUGACCCUGAGCACCUUAACAGCUACUUCUCCAUUUUGGACAUACAGCUGCGCGAGUGUCUGGAGCCAGAAGUCUAUGAGCUGUUCCACAAGAAGCUGACAGAGCAAGCUCUAAUCAAGGAUCCCAAGUUCCUCUGGUGCUGUCAUUGUUCAUACGGGUUCAUCUAUGAUGGAGACCAGCUGAAGGUCACCUGUUUUCAGUGUCACAACAGCUUUUGUGCUCAGUGUAAAAAACCUUGGGAGUCUCAGCAUGCAGGUCUGUCAUGUGAACAGUACCAGUCAUGGAAGAGAGAGAACGAUCCAGAGUAUCAGAGACAAGGUCUGGCUGGAUACCUUCGAGACAACGGCAUCACAUGUCCAAACUGUCGCUUUCAGUACGCGCUGUCUAAAGGAGGCUGCAUGCAUUUCUGCUGCUCACAGUGUCGAUACCAGUUCUGCAGUGGCUGCAACAACCCCUUCCACACUACCUGUGCUGUGGAUGAAUGCAGUGUAUCUGGUCUACAUGCUCAUCAUCCCAGAGACUGCCUCUUCUAUCUGAGAGACUGGGAGCCUUCCAGACUGCAAGCGUUACUGCAGAAUAAUGGAAUGGCCUUCAACACUGAACCCCCUCCCGGAACACAGACAGGUCUGUGUGGAGUCAUAGAGCAGAAGGAUGAGGGAGGGCAGCAGCCAGAUUCCGCCUGUGGAGCUCAGACUCAACCUGGACAUGCUGGACUCUGCGAGAAGCACUACCGGGAGUACCUGGUCAGCCUGAUCAACAGCCACUCCAUUGACCCUGCUCCCCUCUACAGCUCCAAUGAGCUUCUGUUGGCCUGCAGGAGGUACAAGGUGGAUGAUGCCCGCAGAGAAGGAGAGGACGGCUUCACCUACUACAGCAGACUACUUGAGAAACUAAUGGAUGAAGUAUCGCUUGGCGACAAGGUGCCACGCAAGAAAUAACGAUUGCCUCAUUUCAUUUUGUCUUACGGUUGUGUUCAAGUUGACCAUUCAACUGAAAACAUAACUACAAGAUGCAAAAUGGCAAAUGUUGAUGGUCUAAAUAUGAACAGUGCAAUCUCUGUUUUUAAUCAGUUUUAUUUCUUCAGUAUUUCAUAUUGUCUGCAACAUGUACUUCUGAGAAAAUACGAAUGGCACAAAAGGUAAACUAACAAAGAAACAUUUAUUUAUUAACGGUAUACACAUCAGGCUUUGCUGCUACACUUUUGGCCAAAUGAGCAUCCAGUAGUUUGGAAUGUAACAUCCCCAGACUCCAAGUUUCUCUGAGCAGCUGUUCAGUGUGAACCCACUCACACAGGUUCUUUACAAGGAUAGAUAAAGUUGUAACCAACAGAACCGAGCAGUAAAUGUGUCACUAAGCUAUAAAUAGUGUUUUCUUUUGGACAGUGUUGUUGUGUAACAUAAUCUAAAUGCCAUUUUUAAUUAGCAUGUGUUCAAGAGAGCAGAAAAUGAAAAUACUGCUGGUUUCAGCUGAGAGGUUUAAUCGUCUAAAUUAAAAGCCCAAAUGUUAUGGAACCAGCUCUGCACCAUCAGUGGCCUGUAUCAGCAUAGUCUUGCUUGUGUGAGAGUACUGUCUCCUCUGGGUUUAACAUCAGUGUAUUGAUGUCAUGAAGCUGGCUAUAAGCUGACUCUAGUUUAUUGAUCCAGCUGUGAGCACACUUGCAUUAAAGAGGCAGCACUCUUAAUUAAAAGUCAGUGAGAUGCAACAUCAACAAAUAUUAUUAUUAUUAUUAUUAAUUAUAUUUAAAAUAUGAUGAGAUGAAAGUCCGGGAUUUGUGCAGCUGCAGAAGGUAAUAAUCAGCUAAACUGAAUAAUCACACAACUAGUAUAAAUGAAGGAGAAAUAGAAAUGGUAUAUGAAGUCAGUGCUUUAACAUAAUGAAACAGCUACUGCAGCUAAAUGCAGUACUCUACAAACCAGCUGUUGGCAGGUUUUAAGUAGGCUAGUACUGCAAGAUCGAUGGCUAACCCACUAGUCUCACUUCAGGUGCAUGUGUUUAAUUACAUUGUCAUACUAUGAAAUCUGUUUACUGCAUAUUUUUGUCAGUGUGCUUUAUUAAUUGCAUGUAAAAUAAAAUACAUCUGUGCAUGUUUAAACACAGUACAGAAUAUAUACAGAACUGAUGCAGCAAUAUGCCCAACUUGAUGAAUGUGAACUGAUGUAAAAACCAUCAGUGCUUUUAAUAACUGUUUGAGAGUAGUAUUCUUUUGAGUAUACUGUGUGGAAGAACUGGCAGAUAAAACCCACAAGUGUAAGUUAAAUUCUUCUACAGUCCAUCUAGGUGUGGUCCUGCUAGUGAAUGGAUUAUACUGUACACUCACUGCUGUUGAUAUGUCCUCUCCCUGUAUGUGUUAAAUGUAACAAUAGAAUUUUUGUUUGCGCUAACACGAUCCAAU